UGACAUACAUCUCGGUCCUCGAAAAUCAAACUUUCUUCAACCGCAAGAGUGGACCCGGCCUCCGAGCACACCGUACAAAAUUCGAUGGUCACUGGUCGAAAGGCCAUCACAGGUGUGACAGGUACCACAGGACAGGUACUUCCAACCGAAAAAUGACUUCAAAGUUUCUCAUACCAAACAAACACACCCGCAGCAGGCUUGGUGUUGAUUCACAUUCGGCUGCUAUUUAAUUUUAAGUUCUUAAUGUUCAGUUCUUGACCUUUCAGAAACGAAAAUAUGUGUUUGAGGCAUCAUUUAUAGGUUUUAUUUUGACGAUAUCAUUAGACUUCAUCGCAUGCAUUUAAGUACAUGGACUACCAAGGAUUGUAGACGUUGUCUGCUGCAGCCUUAACCUACAAAAGCACGCUUUGUACUGCACCAGCAAGUAAACCAUGGGUAGAACUUUUCGAUGUAGAAGCAGGAAAAAAUGUCGUCCUGUCAACCUGAGUUCCGACCCUAGUUUUGUGCAGCUAACUCGUUGGAUGAGUAAGAAUGGUUGGAGUCAACUUUGUUCCCUGCGGUUAGCCAAGUUUGUCGACACUGGUCGAGGCUUGAUGGCUUUGAACAACGUCUCUAAAGGUGACGUCAUUGUGAGCAUUCCCAAACAUUUACUCAUUACGACAGCAACAGUGUCCACCUCUUCUUUCGGACAAAUUCUAAGCAGCUGUAAGGGUGCAAAAAACUGCAAUUUCUUGUGUCAAGAGCUUCUAGUUUGGUUCUUAGUAUGGGAGAGGCAUUUAGGAAAUGACUCCUCUUGGUCCGAGUAUGUAUCCACUCUGCCUAGCUCCUUUUCAACGCCUAUUACACUUGAUGAGUGUCAUUUUAAUAGCUUCCCGUGGUUUCUUCAAGAACAAGCAGCAGGUAUGCUAGAAUUAGUUCAAAACUGUUUCUCACAUUUAAUGGCAAUGAUCGACAGUAUCAGAUGCUCUCAUUGUCAGCAGCUAGCAGCUGAUAUAUUUAAGUGGGAUGAUUUUCUUUGGGGUUGGUGUUGUGUGAAUACAAGGGCUGUUUUUAUCGAACCAGAAAGUGUUCCCUCCCAUUCUAUCCCCAUUAAAGACCGUAAUUGCCUUGCCUUGGCACCUUACCUUGAUAUGUUUAAUCAUAGUGAUAAUGCCAAGGUAAAAGUUGGGUUGAAUAUUUCCAAUGGUUGCUAUGAAAUAACAACAUUACAACCAUUUUCAAAAUUUAAAGAGGUUUUCAUCAACUAUGGACCACACUCAAAUAGUAAACUUUUUCUUGAAUAUGGAUUUAUUCUCCCAUCUACUAUUCAUGAUAUAGUCCCUUUAAAAUUCAGUCAUUUAAUUGAUGCAUUUAAGUUAGUUGGUAAGAGAAUUGAAUAUGAGUAUGAAAAGACAAAAUUUUGCCAAAACCAUGAACUGAUUACUCAGCUAUAUGUUUCGAGAAGUGGUUUAUCAUGGAACUGUUUAACCCUAUUAAAGAUUUUGCUCAGCAACUGUCACCAAACAAAAACUUGGGAACAAAUUUCUUUCAUGGGAGACAAGUCUAGCAGUGGUGAUAUUGACUUUGAAAAAGCUAAGAGAGCAACUCUCGAAAUUUUAGAAAAAGAUAUAAUCAACAGCCAAAAUUUAGUUUUUGGGAAGUGCAGUGGUGCUUGUUGUACAGCAGUGAACAAUUGCAAUGGCACUCUGAACCUUUUCCUGGCACUGCUUAAAAAUUUCAGGUCUAUCAUAAAAAUAUCUAAAGGCGUGGUACGGAGGGUAUCAUUUUUUGAUUUGAGCUCCUGUGAUAAUAUUUGCUAAAAUCAUCUCUUUGACAAUCUGUGAUAUUUUCUCUAUUUCUGUCAUCAUGUAAUGAAGUUUGUUUUGAUUUCUAAAUACGUUUUUAAUGUAUUUAAAGUAACUUUGGGAGUGAAAGCUGUGAUAUUUUCUAUGGUCAAGUUUCAGAAAUUUUAACAAUACCGUGUUUAUUAUUAUUGGUUGGUACACACUGGUCUAACAACAACAUUUAUCUGAAUAAGUUCAGCAGAUGUAUGACGUAAAUAAACUUUGAUAUGAAACUGUCAAAAUUGAACAGUUUAAACCAAAUUUUAUGAAAUACCCUGAAAACCCAGGCCCACAUACUGGCACA